AUGGAGGUGCCGCACACGUUUGUGCGCACUGUCAAGGCGCAAGACUUGCGUUUUGGGCCCGUAGACAGCGUGUUGCGCGACAUUAAGAGCAAAAACUCACCCACGUGGGUCAUCUUCACCUUUGCGGACCAGCGGGAGAAGCGAAACACACUCCGAGUGCUUGCGUCGGGGCAAGGGACCAUCUCCGAUUCGUCCAAGUGGCCUCCAGAGCUGUUCUCGCCUAAGUCGCUGUGCUACGGACUGACGAGCGUUGAUUGCUAUGACGAGAACUCGGCACCGACCAAUGUGCUGUCCUUCUGUUGGAAAGGAAGAGAUCUGCCGAUCUAUCUCCGAACCAAGUAUGCCGAGUUCAACUAUGUCAUUCGGAAACACCUGGGUGCAGUUGCACACGUUACGUUGCACAACCCAGAAGAGCUUAUGGAUGGAACGGUGUUUAUGCAGACCCCGCGACGUCGGCCACGGAGUUCGUCGAGACGUUUUGUCACGAACGAUAUCGAGUUUACUCCUGAAGUAACGGACACUGUGCAGGAUAUUCGAUCGGAUGCCUCGCCGUUUAAUUGGGCUGUAUGUGGUUAUGAUACCUCGGACGUCGAAAGCUCAACCCAGCGAAUGAUUGUAGUUGAAAGGGGAAUGAAUGGGUUGUAUGCGCUGAAGGGAAUUGGCGGAAUUACUUCAGUGCUUGAGGAAGGAAGCACGAUGUACAUUUACUUGCGAGUGGAUGUUCCACUGCACCGCGGAACUGAGCGGAUUGUGUCGAAAUACGUGCUAGUCACGUGGCAAGGCGUCGAUAGCGGUUGGAGCGGAGGGACUUCGGAUGACGAAGCUGAGAUGUGGUUUGGUCCCGGCUCGAAUGGAGAGCGAUCGCCUCAGCGCCGAGAUUCAUUUGCAUCUAACUCCAAGCUUCAGCGCGCUGUUACUGCUCAUGUCCACGGUAGUGACAUCUAUCGUGUGUUUCCCCACCAUAUACAUUUCUUUGCGAGUACCUUGUCGGAGAUGUCAGAAGAAGCUAUUCGGGAGCGAAUCAGGCGCGCGGUGGAUAACGAUUGCAUGCUGCUUCGAGUGGUAUGUAUACAAGCGACUGGCGAUACACAAGCUCCUGUAUGCUUGGAAAUACCAUUCGGUGCUUCAGUAGGCGUGCUUCGACAAGAGAUUGCUUUGCACAUUGGUAUCCCAAAGGAUCGUCAGCGCAUUGUUUGGAUUCGGCAGACGGAGGAUCUCGCGAAAGACUCACAACUGUCUACCGCACUAAUGUUGGAGGACGACACUGCCAGUAUUCGAAACGACAUUGGACUUGCCCAUGGCGACAAGAUCCACGUUGAUGACAAGGACAAUGGUGAAAACUCUGUUUUAGCAAAGCUGUUUGAGCAGAUCAAUUCUGGUGCUGCAGCAGUAAGUCUGUCAGCUGAACGGCGACACGAGGUCCAGCGAGGCGUUGAAGCUCGAGAAGCAGAGCUGAGGAAGAUACUGUCCGUCACUCAUUAUUUAAUUCGACGGAAGGCUGGUGAGAACCUCAAGCAUGUCGAAUCCAAGCCAGGUGCUGUCGACGACAGUACUGCCCACGAUAGGGAGGAAUCUGAUUCUUCGUCUCCAACAAGUCAGCGCCAGACCGUCCGUCGCGCGAAUUCGUCUACCUCCUUAACAGGAUCCAUUUCAGAGAAGCUAGCAAAAGAAGAUGUGUCAACAUUGCAGGAGCAGGCGCGAGUUCUUGAGUCGCAGAACCAGUAUUUGGAGAUUCCGUAUGAAAGCAUUCACAUACUCAGCGGCAAGGAGAACGAGUUGGGCUGCGGGAAGGCAGCUACUGUGUACCGCGGGCUCUGGAUGAAUCAGAAUAGUGCUGCCGAAGUGGCGGUGAAGUCCUUUCGCUACGCCCGGUUGACUGACAAGAUCCUCGGCGAUUACAGACGAGAAGUGGCGUUGCUCCGAAAACUGAAGCACCCAAAUAUUGUUUUAUUUAUCGGAGCAUGCACGGACCCAAAGCUGAUGAUUUUGACGGAGUAUUGCUCUCGCAAAAGCUUGUUUGAAGUGAUUCACAGCAACAACUUCGAGACGAUUCCUUGGAAGUUCAAAGUACGGAUGAUGCUUGAUGCAGCACGAGGUAUACAAUACCUCCACUCCAUGCGUAUUAUCCAUCGUGACAUCAAGUCCCACAACUUUUUGGUGGACGACGACUGGCGAGUCAAAGUGGCCGAUUUUGGCAUCAGCAAGGUGCUCGAUACCGACACUGCGUUCACGCAGUGCGGCACAACUGGAUGGGUUGCCCCUGAAGUUUUGCUGGACGAAGAUUUGGGGUACACGUUCAAGGCCGACAAUUGGAGUCUUGCCAUUGUGAUGUGGGAAAUGAUCGCCGGUGGACUGCAAAACCCGUUCAUAGGAAUGGCCCCGAUCAAGUUUUACAACAAGACCAUCAACGCCGGCAUUCGACCUCCGAUCCCCGAGGGCAUGGACAGCGAGUACAUCGAUCUCAUCACUGAAUGCUGGAAGUCGGACGCAGCUGAGCGCCCCUCGUUCGACGUGAUCGUGGCUCGACUGGAGCAAAUGUUGCUGGACCUAGGCGCCAGCAUCGAUCUUCCGCCAACUUUCCAGGGUGGCUACCACCAGGCUGGGGUUGCGGUGAACCCGAAGGUGUUGUGA